UAAAGUAGGACUUUUAUUUUGCCAUUUAGCGGAAGUGCCUCUUGUUGAUUCACACAUGGCGUUCACGCAGAAAUGCUGGAUUUGUGACUGAGCGCUGUUGUUUUGUAUUUUACACAGACAUGGCAGGAACAGAGAUGGACCCUGAAGUGGCCCGGGGCUUAUUUGAAGAAGGAGCCACUCUUGUCUUACUCGGUGUUCCCGAGGGUACAGAGUUGGGGCUCGACUACAAAACCUGGACUUUGGGCCCCCGGUUCUGCGGGGUGAAGAUGAUUCCUCCCGGGCUCCACUUCCUCCACUACUGCUCCGUCAGCACGAGUGGAGCCUGUGGGGAAAUCAGCCCCAAAACUGGCCUGUUCCUGUCCCUGAAACCCCGCGAGGUGCUUGUGGCCCACUGGAACCAGGCUGAAGAUGACCUGGAGAUCUCUCAGAGCCCGGAGGAGGUGGAGCGCGUACGGGCCAAUCUCCGGGAGCUGGACGGGUAUCUGGGCCCAUAUCCCUACGACACCCUCCGGAAGUGGGUUUCGCUGACGAACCGACUCAGUCAGGAGGUGGCCAGCGCUCUCCAGCCUCUCAGCGGGCGCGUGUGUGCCUUCAGCGACGUGAUCCCAGAACUGCAGCUGACCCACACUAAAGACCGGGCCGAGCAGAACCUGCCCCGACUCCAUCAGGAGUGCCAGAGCAUGAAGGAGGGCCUGGAGCGGCUGCCCCGGAUGAAGCACAGGGAAGGCACAGAGCUGAGGUUCUCCCACAUCCCCAAACAGGCGUACCCUCCCGGGGCGACCCCGGCUCAGAUCACACAGUAUAGCAUGGACUGGACCUACUCUCUCAACUGCGUGCUCGAGAGACAUUAUAAAGAGCAGCCGCUCGAUGUGCUAGGCGAGCUGCAGUUUGCGUUUGUGUGUUUCCUGCUUGGGAACGUGUACGAGGCGUUCGAGCACUGGAAGAGCCUGCUGGCUCUCCUGUGCCGCUGCGAGGAGGCCAUGCGGGAGCGCCGGGACCUGUACCUCGGCCUCGUCGCUGUGCUCUACCACCAGCUGGGAGAAAUCCCUCCAGACUUCUUUGUGGACAUCGUGUCCCAGAACAACUUCCUCACCUCCACACUUCAGGACUUCUUCCAGUUCGCCAGCGGCCCCGGGGUCGACAGCACAUUACGGAAGAGAGCUGAAAAAUUUAAAGUCCAUCUGACCAAAAAGUUCCGCUGGGACUUCGAUGCGGAUCCGGAUGAAUGUGCUCCGGUGGUGGUGGAGCUUCCCGAGGGACUCGCGCUGGACUGAGGCACUUCAACGCACACACACACGCACAUUCUCUCAUCACAGACUACAGUUUUCAGGAUAGUCUCCUGUUCUUGUGAAUUGCUUCUUCUUUGACCAUUUAAUUUUUAUUAAAGCUGAUUCUUUCACAUUGUU